AGUUUUUGAUUUCGUCCAAGAAGCAGCAGCAGCAAGAUGGGUGGCGGCAACGGUCAGAAGAGUGCGCAGGCGCGUGAUCGCAACAACGCCAAGAAGGCCAAGGACGCCAAGGCUGCCAACCGCCCGGAGAUGAAGGCCAAGAUGGAGGCCGACCGCACGGCCAUCAAGUGCAAGAUCUGCAUGACGACCUUCAUGGUCAACGCCAGCGCGCGCCAGCUCACCGAGCACUGGACGAGCAAGCACCAGGACAAGGGCUUCACGAUCGAGCAGUGCUUCGAGAAGAUGCCGGCCAAGUAGAUCUGCUUCGGUCGAUCAUGAUGCAUAUGUAUGUCGCGGCCCGCGAUCGCGUCCUCGUGACCCGAGCGUAGCGGCCUAACGACACAACCAGACCAUUAUUAUUGCUCUACAUGAC